AUGGCUAGUAAAAGUGAGUCGAAGGAUCUUGUUGAUGAUGAUGGUGUGUGUGUUACGUUAGAUGAUGAUGUUUGUGUUUCGUUGGAUGAUUCUGUAUUAAAGAAACCGAAGCUAGAAGAGAAGUCCACUGAGGCAGAAAACAAUGAUGCUAAGGGAGGUAAUGACAAUACUGAAGUUCAAAUAUCAAUUGAGGAUCAGAUUAAAGAAGCAGCUAAAGCAUUGCUAAAGAAGAAAAUACCGACUAUCGUGAUUUUGUAUGAAGGAACUAGGUUUUUAUUGUUCAAUUCAGAUGAGCCAGAGGCAGAGUUGGCUGCUAUUGUAUGCGAAGAUGAAUCUAUGUUACAUCAGAACUGCGGUACUUUGAUGAAAGUUUUACGUGAAUUUAUGGAAAACUAUUAUGGAAAAUUACAUUUCGUUACUAAGGAAUUGAUGAUGGAGAUUCCUUGUCUCGAACUGACACUAUGUGAAGAUAAUAUUUAUAAUGAAAAGAUCACUUUCAAUGAUAUUCUUUCAAUAUUUGAAAUUUUAAGGGAAAGAUCUAUUGAGCGUGGAGAAAAUGGGAUUCCUGAUCAUUUGAAUGUUCAGAUUGCGGUACGUCCUAGAUUUGUAUCAAGGUAUAAUUCAUUAGUGGAGUUAACAGAAAGUGACGCCAGUUUAUCGAACAUUAAGCCAUUCUCCAACGAUGAAUGUAAUCCACUGGUUUUGGAUGAUGAAAUCGAUGGAGGUGAGGUGGUAAGUGAGAUUGUAGUUACUGGUGAAAUGGAAAUCGAGGAAAUAGACUGA